AGUUAUGAAGUAGUAAUGAAGAUAAUUUUAGGGUUGGGGUCACCACAACAUGAGGAACUGUAUAUUAAGGGGAAGCACUGGCGUAGAAGAUACACGCUGCGCAUUAGAACUGCAGAUGCGGUUAGAUUUGUGCGUCGCAAGCCCUCCUCUGUUUUGGCGCUGGUUGCAGAAGCAGGCGCUUCCGAGCUUGGCCCGGGCCUCUGCCGCUUCCCUCCGCCCAAAUCCGGCUCUGGGAGCGAGAGGCUCCGCCCCCGGCCCGCUUCACGUGGCUCUCUCCCGGCAGCUGAGCCGAGCAGGCGCCGGGGAGUCAUGGAGGGAGCGUGGCUUCAGCUACUGCGGCUACAGGCUCCGCUUAGGCCCGGCGCCUUGGCGCUUCUGCCCUGCUUUUGCUGCCGGCGCCCUCCUCCUCUGUUGCGGCGGCCUCUACGCCACGAUGGGCGCUCCUCGGGCUUCUGCACCGACGUCUCUUGGGCCAGGAAGCAGCGGCAGCGAAGGAAGAGAGCGGAAGCAGUGCUGCGCGCACGUGAUCUUUCUCGAUGCUUGACUACAGAGGCAUCUCAAGCCACUCUCGCCAGUGUGGCUCCUGUUUUUUCAGUGAUGAAGUUUGAUAAAGAUGGUAAUGUAAGUGCUUACGAAAGAAAGAAAACAGAACUAUAUCAAGAACUAAACCUUCAAGCAAGGGAUCUACGAUUUCAGCAUCAAGUGAACAUAUCACCCAGGAACAACAAGAUCAUCGUGAGAAUGGAGUUUUUGAAGGCAGUGGUAACCCCUGAAUAUCUUCUCAUUCUGGACUAUCGCAAUGCAAAUCUGGAAAAAUGGCUGUUCCAAGAACUGGCGCCCCAGUUAGCUGGAGAAGGUCAACUAGUUACAUAUUCUUUACCUUUUGAAUUCAGAGCUAUAGAGGCUAUACUACAGUAUUGGAUCAGCCACCUACAUGGGAGACUUCACCACCUGCAGCCUCAGAUUCUUGAGACACUGGACGCUCUCGUGGACCCAAAGCUUUUGUCUUUGGAUAGGAGCAAAGUCCAUGUCCUUUUGCAAAAUGGUAAAAGUUUGUCAGAAUUGGAAACCGAUCUCAAGGUUUUCAAAGAGACGGUUUUAGAAAUCCUAGAUGAAGAAGAAGUAUUAGAAGAGUUGUGUCUCACAAAAUGGACAGACCCUCAAGUUUUCGAGGAGAGUGUCUCUGGAAUUGACCAUGCAGAGGAGAUGGAACUACUGCUGGAGAAUUACUACAGGCAGGCAGACGAUCUUAUUAACGAAACUCGUGAACUUCGUUUAUUGAUUGAUGAUUCUGAAAGCAUCAUUUUCAUCAACUUGGACAGUCACCGGAACGUGAUGAUGAGACUGAAUCUGCAGCUGACUAUGGGAACUUUCUCGCUGUCACUCUUUGGAUUGUUAGGAGUAGCUUUUGGCAUGAACUUAGAAUCUUCCUUUGAAGAGGACCGUGGAGUAUUUUGGCUGGUGACUGGAAUUAUGUUCCUGGGCAGCGGCUUGAUUUGGCGACGCCUCCUUUCCUUCCUCGGGCGGCAUCUUGAACCUUCAGUACCUCCUCCAAUUCCAGCUUUUCUGAAAAGAAUUCAACCAGCAAAUGGAAAAGUGGAAUUUAAAAGUGACUUUAAAACAGAACCCCUUGGAUCAAGUAGAAACACAGUGACAAACCAAUGAUCAGCCCACCUUUGCAAUUUGACUUCAGACUGUGUUUCCUCUAAUAAAAGGUAGCAUUUGUUAUUAUGUGACUUUAGUAUAUGCCAAAGAUAUGUGCCUACAGCCAUCAAAAUGUCCAGCUUCGGUGAGAUGAGCCCAAUGGAAUUUUUUUGUAUCAAAGUAGAAUAUCUCAAGCCUAUAAUCUAAUUAACGGAAAAUUCAGAUUGUGGUUAAUCUGAUACUUCUUCUGGACACCAUGGUUUAGUAUAUGCAAGGAAAUUACAGGUAUAUCUCAGUUAAUAAAACAGAUUUCUUACUGGGCAGAAAUAAUAUCAAAGGAAUGUGGAUAGAUUCAGCCAAUAUGUUUCAGCAAACUUUUAAUUCGGUAUCAGCAAUCUGUACACGUGAAAUGAAACAGCCAAGUCAGCUAAGGAUAGCAUGAGUAAAUAAGCCAUUCUGAGUCUUCUGGACAUCAUUUCAAGUCUUUUUCCAAAAUGCACCCAGAAAUGACUUCCUUUCAGCAUCUGCCACAUUUCUUGGUUGGCCAAACUUAUACAUCUAUUAUUUGUAAUAUGCUGAGGGUAGCUGCUGAGGCUGUCAUAUCUGCUGUCCCUUUUCUCUGUUUUGCUCUUCAUGCAAACUUGGCCAGGAAUUCUGGACAUGGCUAUAGUAGGAUCAGUUGGAGUAGAAGUCUUUAGUUUUCCAGCUCAAGCUUUCCUUAAUUGCAUUGUUUCAACACUCUUGCUUUAAUUUUAGGAUUAAAUAUAAUAAAAGCCCUCAAUAUGUUUUUGGAUUUGAGCUCCCAUCGAUCAUGUUAGCUGGUACUCUUGGUAUUUCUUCAAAAUAUCUGUAGAGCUCAGCUAUAUCUCAAAUAAUAUGAGUUUGAAGGUAAAUAAAUUCAGUGCUGAUUGUACAUAUUGAACCAUUGGGCUUUACAAGGAAAAUAUCUCCUUUAUUCCCCUAGCAUAUUAACACUGUAAGCACUGGGGCAGUUCCCUGCUUUGAUCCAACUUCUAUGGUUACUACAACCAUCAGUUGUAGUAGAGGGGCUUGAAGGGAUGUUAUCUAUUUUGAUCACACUCCCUUGUUCAAAAUAUCAUGUGACAAAUGCCAAAAUCUAACUUCCACUAAAAGAUAAGCACCAUCUGGGAUUGAGAGAGAUUUCCAUCUGUUGUAUGGUUGCUUGCUUGUAUAACCUACUGAUAACAAAUAGCACAAUGUUAGUAGUUCAAAAUGAUUGUGAAAUGUUGUUUGAAAAGAAGUAUCUGCUUUUAUUACUUGCACAGUGAACAAGGUAAGAAGCAAUAAGACAUUGACUGGUGAUUUUAAAUGAAGAUAGUACAUUUGUUAAUCUUUAACCUAAGCAACAAGGAGAUAAUCUGUAACAUAUUGAUGUAUAAAAGAAAUGAGAGAAAUCUGUAACAUGUUGAUGUAUAAAAGAAACGGGAGACUGCAUUUGAUGGAAGAGUUUGACUAACCCAGGAGACAAUGAUUAGCCCAAAGUAACAUAGCUUCAGGAGACCUUCUUCCCAUUGUAUUAUAUUGCUGCCCAUGCCGUCUUCAAAAGAAUGCAUGAGACUUUCCAGAUAUUGUUGGCCUAGGUGUUCUAACAGCCCUAGUCCGCAUAGCCAAAGGUAAGCAGUGCGGGAAGUUGAAGUCCGACAACUGGAGGGCCACAUGAUUCCUUCACAGCACCCUACUUUCUUCCUUCAUUGUACUGCAUUCUUCCUUUUGCUCAACAGAAAUCAAUUUGGGGAUGUUAGUGAUACUCAUUUAGCUUAGCACUGACAGUUUCCAGCAGAAAUCUUUCCCUUCACCUAAUACUUGAUCCUCUUUUAACAGACAUGAAAUCCAGGACCUUCAGUGUGCAAUUGUGUUGUGCAUCACUGAGCUGCAGGAACUAUUUAUAUAGGUAUAUUAACUCAGGAAAUUUCAGAUUCUUGUGAGCCAACUUCUAAAUCCUGCUGGAGUUACUCCACACACUGUUUUUAAAGAACCUUGGCAAAGUGGACAAUUUACAAUGCAACCCUUGUGUCUGCAGGAGAUAUGUUCCAAGACCUCCCCGCAGAUACCUGAAACCAUGGACAAUAGUUAGCCCUGUAUAUGUGGGCUGGAAUUAUUAUAUUUAUACCUUGCUUUUAUCUCCCCCGAAGAGGAUCCAAAGCAAUAUAAUAUAGGAUUGCACUGAGGGACUUAGAGAGGUCCACAAACACCUCUAAGGGGCAAUGUUUUGGGGAGGGGUGUGGGUAAAUAAAACUCUGGAUAAGGGUGUUGCUUGUACAGUAUUGUAGUUACUUUCAUUGUUUCUUGAUGGUGACUUUAGACUGAAAAUAUUCAUGUCUCUAUUUAAGUAGCUUACAUUUCUGCAGAAAAGGUUGAUUAACAAUCUUAAAAGGUGGGUCUCUUCAGUCCUUCCCCAUGAUUGAAAUAUUGCUCAAACACCAACAAUACUCAAAACCUUUAUGAAUGCCCUUGCUGGCAUCUAAAUAUUAGUGCUUAUUCCUGACCAUUAUAAUCCAGAAUUGGUGGAAAAUCACGUUGAUUUCGAGAUGUUGUCAGCAAAUCUUUACAGCCAAAAUCAUGUGAGCUGCUGGGAAUUACUGUCCAACAGCAUCUGAAAGACCCCAUCCCUGAUCUAUGCUAAAAUUAAGAGUAACUUGAUAUCUGCAACUGUGUCUGACCUUUGAAAUACCAUCCCUUUUAAACCAAUAAAAAGUAGGAAGACUGGGAAAACUGUAUUGUUUGACAUACUAGUAACUCCACAUUUGCAGGAUUUUGGAUGUUUUUUUACCAGUAUACUAAACUGUACUGUAUAUUGUAAUAAAUAACUUACAACAGGA